AUGAGCGAAGUCACUCCAUUAUUAAAAAACCGUCCGGGAUCAGAUCCCUCUUACGGUCAAAAUUCCAGUUAUUCAGAUGCCUCUUUCGCGCAUGACUCUAGAAAGAAAGCUCAGAAUGCCCAUUCAUCUUCGAUGGCCCAUGCCGCUGAAAUGGAAAGGAUACGGAAAAGCCAGAAAACGUUCUUCAAACAUGCAGAGUCGAAACCUAACCUUAGACAACGAAUUGCGUACCAGUGUGACACUGGAAAAAGAGGAAGAAUAUGGGAAUUGGUUGAUGCCACAUUAUCUGUCAUGUUUUUUUCCUUGUAUAUUUGGAACACCCAAUAUGUGCUUCCCGACCACAAUCCCAUACCUUUUCCACAUUCCCUUCAAACAGCUGACAUGGUGUUGGCUUGUCUAAUUCUCGUCCAAUUCUUGCCUCGUGUUUGGUUGGACAAUGAACCUUUGCAGUAUGCUGGAAAUUUUUUCUCCACUUUAACAUGGGUCUCCGUAUUUCCGGUCAUAUUCGCAUACAUUCAAACGAUAUAUGACACAGAAAUGGACAAUACAUAUAUGGGAGUUGAAAAAUACGUAAGAAAAGCCCACGUGUCUGUGCAAAUGCUUUUUGUUCCUGCCCGAAAUUCGUUAUUCCAUUUUUCGGUGAUCACGAGGAAAGGUCUUAAGAUAGGCGUGACCAUUUUGUUUACUUUUCUCACGGUUGCUGCCUGGAUCCACAUCAUAUCAUUCAAGCAGAUUACCUCGCAUCUAGAUCUGAGUUUCUAUGACGCAUUUUGUGAGCAGUACAAAUGGUAUGAGCACGAAUCUCAUACCAGAGAACAGCUGGACGCGUUUGGUCAUCCUAAGUCAAAGUACGAUCAUGGGUUUAAAAGAAAGAAAGGUCAUCAACACGUUUUGGUUACUGGAGAUUUUAAUUCCACAAGCUUAUUUGAAUUCUUACGUGAGUUCUUUUGCCAAGAUCACGGAUUGGCAACUGUGAACACUUAUGUGGUGAUUUUGAAUCCCGAGGAGCCACCUGAUGACGUGGUAUUGUUACUUGAAGACCCGGCGUUCGUGAACAGGGUUCAAUAUGUCAAAGGAUCCUCCGCUUUUCGUCGAAGUCUUGUGAAAGCAAAAGCGGAAUCCGCUAGUGCGGCAUUUUUACUGGCUCCAAAAUUUACCAAGAAUGAUGACGAAAUUGAUGCGGCACAGCUCAUGAGAUCUUUGGCAUUGAAGAAAUACAAUAAUAACUUACCAUUAUAUGUUCAAGUUCACUUACCUGAAAAUAUAUCUCAUUUCGAUUUCUUGGCUGAGGGUGUGAUAUGUAUAGACGAAUUAACCAUGGGUCUUAUGGCUCAAAGUUUGGUCACUCCCGGAUUUACGUCACUUGUUGUAUUGCUUACCACUUCCGUUACCGAUAAAGUCGCGAAUGAAUUAACCCGUAACGCAACAAGACAAGAACCAGAAUUAAUGUGGGCGACCGAAUAUAUUCGUGGCAUGCAACAAGAAAUAUAUGCAGUUGAACUUUCUGAAUUCCAGGGAAAAACAUUCUUGGAAUGUUCCGAGCUUAUUUAUGUGCAUUUGCACGCAGUUCUUUUCUCCAUUGGGACCUGCAAGACAAGUGAAAAGACUUUCUCGACAUUAAUGAAAGACGACAAUUCUUCUCAUUUUCAAAUUUAUUUAAAUCCUCAGGAUUACAUGAUCAAGGGAAAUGAAAUUGGUUUCGUCAUUUCUGACGACGCUAGUAUAGUCUCCGGGGUGGCACAAUUUAAUCAUAAAAAAAAUAAACAAUUUGAUCCGUAUCUGGGAAUGCAAUUUCUUCAUUCAACCAAGAGUUUCUUCCAACUAAAUAGAAAGGAUGAGAACGUUGAUAAAGUUAAUAGUGAUCUUGAAAGAAAUGGAACGAAUGAGGAUUAUUCUACGAUUGUCAUAUCAGCGUCUCCACCCUCCACUCAAGUUCCCGAGCCAUCGAAUAUAAUAGAUGAGUCAGAAAGCAUAAGCAUGCUUCUAAAAUCCGAUACGGAACGAUCAGAAGUUUUACGUAAGAACAUCGAGAAGGCAAAGGCAUAUUGGGAUAAGCCAAUCGAUAACGGUAUCGAAGAAGUGCGAAAUCACGUUUUGAUAUGCAAUUGCUCGAACCUAUUCCCUGAAAAUCUGGAUAUCUUUGUAAUGACGCUUCGAGAAAGGAAUUCGUCAUGCCGGGAUAUGCCG